AUGAAGCCUCCCGCCGUAUUGCUGCUCGCCGCGUCGCCGGUCCUCGCCGGCGCGGGCGCAGGUCCCGUCGUCCACGACGCAGACAAGGACGUCACCUACCACGGGCUCUGCCGCAACGGCAUCGACGUCUUUCUCAACAUCCCCUACGGCCAGGACACCAGCGGCGAGAACCGGUUUCGGCCGCCGCGUCCGCAUUCGUCUCGGCGCGGGAGCGCCAUCGACGCCACCGCCUAUGGCCCGGCGUGUCCGCAGGCCCUGGGGCCGUGGGUGCCCCCGAUAUCACUGACCAACAUGACCAAGGUCUCCGAGGACUGUCUGAACCUCAACAUUGCCCGGCCCGCGGGCGAGUCUGUCGGCGGCGAGAAGCUGCCCGUCAUGGUGUACAUCCACGGCGGGAGCUUCUGGGCCGGCAGCAACGAGGAGAUUACCAUCCGGCCGGACGGCAUGAUUCUCGAGAGCGUGAAGAAUGGAUUGCCCGUGAUCCACGUGGCCAUGAACUACCGCUUGGGCUUCUUUGGAUUCGCACGGUCGGAUGCCCUUCGAAAAGAAGGCUCCGAGAACGCCGGCUUGAAGGAUCAGCGCCUCGCGCUCGAAUGGGUUCAGGACAACAUUGCGCAGUUUGGCGGCGAUCCCAACAGGGUGACCAUCUUUGGCCAGUCCUCCGGCGGCCUCUCCAUCGGCAUGCACAUCAUGGCCUACGGCGGCUCCAAGCCAGCCCCCUUCCAGCAAGCCAUUGCCGAGAGCCAGGCCCUCGAGCCCGGCAUCACGGGCAACUUCACCACCAACGCCAUGCAGGCCCUCGUCGACCACGUCGGCUGCAACAAGACGCCCCUCGGGUCCGCCUCCACCAUCGCGUGCCUGCGCAGCUUCCCCACGGACACGGUGCUCAACGCCUCGCUGGCGACGUACCAGUCCGACACGGCGCACAACAUCGGCGACAUCUGGCUGCCCUCGGUCGACGGCGACUUCCUGCCCGCGCCGCCCUCCCAGCUCAUCCGGGAGCACCGCUUCGCCAGCGUCACCGCCAUGAUGGGCUGGUGCGACGACGACACGACCUUCUUCACCGACGCCAACAUCACCACCGCCAGCGACACGCACGCCUUCCUCCGCGCCUACGCGCCCGCCGUGUCGCCCGCCAACAUCCGCCGCCUCGAGGCGCUGUACCCGGCGUCCGACUUUCCCGCCGACGCGGCCGCCAACGCCUCCAGCGAGUUCUACCGGUCCGCGCGCAUCUUCAGGGACAUCGUCAUGGCCUGCCAGCCGCUCGGGUACGCGGAGCAGCUCGCCGCCGCCGGCAACCCCGUCUACCUGUACGACUGGAACCAGACCGUGCUCGACGCCUUCCUGACGCAGGUCGCGCGCCGCCCGGGCAUGGGGCCCAUCCACACCUCCGAGUUCGCCUACAUCUUUGGCAACCUCUCGCACUACGACACGGGCGACUACGACUUCCGCCCCAGCCCGGCCGACUACGCCCUGAGGGAUAGGGGGUCGCGCUCGUGGUCGACGUUUGCGAGUACCGGGCGGCCCGGGCUCGAGGGGCACGACACGCUGCAGGGCUUCGCGCCGGCGUUUACGCCCGACGGCCGGGUGAAUGUAUUUGUGGUGGGCGGUCCAAGUGAGGGUCUGUCGCCGAUCGAUGGGCCCGGGGCGAACAGUGCCCUCGAGAGGCAGAAGUUAAGGGCGAGGUGCGCGUUUAUCAAUUCGCCCGAGAUGAUUGAACAGUUGGGGUAUUAA